GGAAGGGAAGGGGCUGCUGGCCUCCUCUGGGGAGGUGAUUGACAGCUCCUGGAGCCCAUGGCCCGCAGGGAGAGGGUGGGACUUCCUGGAUGCUCGGUCCUGUCUCCUGCAGCCCACUCCCCACCCUCUGCAUCUUUGGAGCUGCCACCUGCAUCCUCUGGGAGCCCCUGCCUGAUUGCCUCUUCGCUGGAGAGAUCGAUGACAUUGCCGAUGGUGCUGUGAAGCCCCCUCCCAACAAAUAUCCCAUCUUCUUCUUUGGUACACACGAAACAGCCUUCCUGGGACCCAAGGACCUGUUCCCAUACGACAAGUGCAAAGAUAAGUAUGGGAAACCCAACAAGAGGAAAGGCUUCAAUGAGGGACUCUGGGAGAUCCAGAACAACCCUCACGCCAGCUACAGCGCCCCUCCGCCGGUGAGCUCCUCUGAGAGCGAGGCCCCCGAAGCUGACCCUGCAGGUAGGAGCGACGCGGAUGAGGAUGAGGAGGACCGGGGGGUCAUGGCUGUCACAGCUGUGACUGCCGCAGCCACCAGCGACAGGAUGGAGAGUGACUCGGACUCCGAUAAGAGCAGUGACAACAGUGGCCUGAAACGGAAGACAUCGGCCCUGAAGAUGUCUGUCUCCAAGCGCGCUCGGAAAGCCUCCAGCGACCUGGACCAAGCCAGCGUGUCGCCCUCCGAAGAGGAGAACUCAGAGAGUUCAUCUGAGUCUGAGAAGACCAGCGACCAGGACUUCACCCCCGAAAAGAAAGCCGUGGUCCGGGCACCGCGGCGGGGCCCCCUGGGCGGCCGGAAGAAGAAGAAGGCGCCCUCAGCCUCGGAUUCGGACUCCAAAGCUGGUUCCGAUGGGGCCAAGGAGGAGCCAGUGGCCGUGGCAAGGCCAGCGUCUUCCUCCUCCUCUUCCUCCUCCUCCGACUCCGAUGUGUCUGUCAAGAAACCUCCUCGGGGCAGAAAGCCAGGUAGGGCCUGCUCCUGGGCUCGCAGUGGGGACGAGCUCAGGGAGGACGAGGAGCCCAUCAAGAAACGGGGCCGCAAGGGCCGGGGCCGGGGGCCACCCUCCUCCUCCUCGUCCUCCUCCUCGUCCUCCUCCUCGGAGCCCGAAGUGGAGCUGGAGAGAGAGGGGAAGAAGUCCACCAAGAAGUUGCAACCGCAGAGCACAGAGCCCACAAGGAAGCCCAGCCAGAAGGAGAAGAGAGGGCGACCUGAGGAGAAGCCCCGGACCAGGCCCACGAAGGUAGAACGGACCCGGAAGCGGUCGGAAGGGCUCCCGCUGGACCGGAAGGGGGAGAAGAAGAAAGAACCUUCUGUGGAGGAGAAGCUACAGAAGCUGCACAGUGAGAUCAAGUUUGCCUUGAAGGUCGACAACCCGGACGUGAAGAGGUGUCUGAAUGCUCUGGAGGAGCUGGGGACCCUGCAGGUGACCUCUCAGAUCCUGCAGAAGAACACAGAUGUGGUGGCCACGUUGAAGAAGAUCCGUCGCUACAAAGCCAACAAGGAGGUGAUGGAGAAGGCGGCGGAAGUCUACACCCGGCUCAAGUCACGCGUCUUGGGGCCCAAGAUUGAGGCGACCCAGAAAGCAAACAAGACCGGAACAGAGAAGGAGAAGGCCGAGGUGGACAAGGCGGAGAAGCUUGCCGGGGAGGAGACCACCAAGGAGCAGGCGGAGGACGAGCCCAGCCUGCGUGUGGAUCUCUCGGCCCCUGUGAACGGAGAGGCCAUGUCGCAGAAGCGGGAGAGCAUGGAGGACAAGGAGCAGGAGGAUGGGCAGGACUCGGAGGAGGGCCUGCGGCGCAGCUCCUCGGAAGACCUGCACAACGAGUGGCUGCUUUCCCAUGAGCCUCCAGGACUGGCCUGGCAGGCGCCAUUCUCCAGCACGGCCACCUGACCCACGGCAGCCAGUGCCGAGGGCCGCAGGUGUGCCCCUG